GUCAGAGAAUUGCCUGAGCUGCCUUUAAUUACUUCAGGCGUUCUUCGAAACCUGUAGAGGAUUAUAUUCUGUCCGAAGUCACCCGCUCUGACUGACUGUGCUCAAAUCAGGGAGCAGGAGCUUCAUGUACCAUAGAAUGACAGACGGUGUUGUGUUUGUCACCCAGCACUGUUAUUUUCAGGUUUGGGCGACGACAGUGCUGCAGAUUCCGCAGGGGAGAGUGCCGGUUAACGGCAGCUUCGGUCGCGCUUCGUGGGACGUUGGGCGCUCUCUGACUCCCGUUCGUAACAAGCCACAGCGGCCCAGCCCAGCUCGCUCAGCAACACACUGCAGCUUCGAUGAAAAGCACACCGGCUGGAGAAGAUCGUUGUCACAGUUCAGAGGCUCAGUGACCACUAGGAGUGCCUAAAGACCCUCCGAGAGCACCGUCUGAGACUAACUGUGCAGACUCCAGCGGCUGCUACGUUUAUCACCUUGAGCCAACUGUGCACGUUAAGCAGGAGUUAUUCCCCUGUGUAUCCAGUGCUGCAGUAAAGUAUUGCUUCCUUCUUAAUACUACGUUGGUGUUAAGAAGGAGUUUUAUUCUCGAUUUUGGGUGACAACAACACAAUGCCUACGUUGUUCUUUUCUGUAGCUAAAACUAGUUGAACAUAUUUAUCUCUUGCACCCUUCCAGAACCUCAGAGCUGGUCACUCUGCCUUCUCAGGACAACCUUGGGAUCUCCUUUUUUUGCCCUCAUUCAGUGUAAUAGACUUUGAUUGAAAUCUUGUGUACACUUAGACUGUUGUGUUCUUAAUUUGCAUGAACAUGUGCAUUAAUUCCAGCUUAAACCUCCUGCAGCACUUGAAGCCUGGUGAAACACUGAUGGCAGCUCGGAUGACCGAUGCUCACCGACGGUUCUUGCAGGUUCUCAUGUCUAAUGGGAUAACAGAAGGAUCAGAGGCCAGGAAAUUACACCAGCACUGCUGUGAAAUUGAUAAAGUUUACUACGCACACGAUAAACUGGACGAUUUCAUCAGCACUAUUAACAGCCACCUGCAGCCUUUGUUUAUGCAGAUCCGGAAGGGAGCAUCAGAAGAUGAUGGCAGAGCACAUUAUGCUGUAGUGAAUUUGGCAGAAACUGAAGUAACUAAAAUGGCAUCUGACUAUACAGAAACUGAAUUAGAAUUGUUCAGAAAAACAAUGGACCUAAUAAUUUUAUCAGAAAAUGGCUUUGCCUCAUCUACGGAUAUUUUAAACUUGGCUGACCAACUUAAGACCAAGAAAAUGAAGAAAAAGGAAGCAGAGCAAGUGCUGAAAGUUUUUGUGGAGGAUAAGUGGCUCUCUGAGAAAAAUGGAGAAUAUACUCUGCAUACCCGUUGCAUAAUUGAGAUGGAACAGUACAUUCUCAGCAACUACCAGGAUGUGGCAAGGAAAUGUAACAUCUGUCACAGCCUCACCAUCCAGAGCCAAGUAUGUGAAUCCUGUGGAAUUGGAAUGCACUUACCUUGUGUCAGAAAGUAUUUCAGAGGCCAGACUGAACCCCGCUGUCCCAAGUGUAAUGAAUUCUGGUCUUGUGACACCCCAGGUACCAAGGAAAGUACUUUUAAAAAAAUUGAAUGUAAUAAUACUAGGAAAUGGGCUGUGAUAUCCAAUGGCAUUACCUGUAUUAUUUAUAACUGUGAACAUCACCCAUUUCUGACUUCAGUAGUGUGUUUCAUACACUAAACCACACACAGGCAUUGAGCCCUCAAAAAAGUGCCACAGGGGCAUAGCUGACCCUGUGCAUAUUUUUUAUAACUAUCUUUAGAAGGUGGGGUGGGCAGGGAGAAGGAAUAGAGGCACACACAACCCAUGACACUAAAACUUCUGGAAAUACCAAGCUUCUAAAAAUCUAUUUGGAAUUCCUCCAUUUAUCCAGGGAAAUUGGACAUUUUGAACAGCAACAGAAGAAUAUACAAAGCAUUUUAGAAAAGGAGGUGAUACAAUAUUAUCUUUUUUGUGUGUUGUCCAUUUACCUUCCUUUUUCUUUACAGGUGUGAGUCGGAUGGGCUCCCAUUCACCACAGAGCUCCACUCUUGGCCCUAGAUGAUGCCAGUAAAACUUGUCAGUGACAUCUGUUUGCCUCCACUGCUAGAACAGCCAGACUGUAUUGUAUUCAUUAGUAACAGUGCUCAGUGCACUCCUUUUCUAAAGUUCUAAGAAUCUUACAAUAAAAUACCAUUUAUGUUCCUGUUCACA